AUGGAACGAAAAACCGCGGCACAAAAAGUUUUGCUGUCGCCCGAUGUAUUAUUCUGCAUAUCGAAUUAUAUCGAUCGCCAGGAUGAUAUCUUUAACUGUCUCUUUGUUAAUACAAUAUGGACUUUGGUAAUGGUAAGACAACUAUGGAAAUCUCCCGUGUGGAAGACGGCUGGUUCCUACCAAAAGUUUAUACGCACGCUUCGUGGUAGGAAAUCACGAUUUUCAUAUGGUGUUAUGAUUCAACGUAUUGUAUUUAAAAAUUUUAAAAAUCAUCGUUCUUAUGGGAGCAUUCCGGAUUUUUCAACGUUGGAUCUAAAAUUGAUUUCAAGAAAGUGUCCAAAUAUUAAACAUAUUACCAUCGCUAAUCCAAGACAUCCUUUCUCAGUGGUAAACGUAUCAGCAAUGUUAUGUUCCACACCGAAUUUAAUCUCAUUCACCGUGUUGAAUUGUGACAGCGAAUGGUUGCAUGGAGCUUUAAGACCGAUGAGAGAAGGUUUAUGUCCAAAAUUACAACACCUGGAAAUUAGUGAUUGGAGUAGAAAUUGGGCUUUUGACGUUUUAAGGGAUGUAGGGGAACGUUGUAAGAAUAUUGUCUCCUUGAAAUUAUAUCAACGGGUAUAUAGGACGGAUAUCGCAAGGUUGAUUGUGAAAUCAUUUCCAAAUUUACAAACUUUCGAAUGUAGGCACAUUAAUUUCGCAGGAUUACAAGGACUUAUCACGGGUGCCGCCAAACUUAAAUCGUUAACUUCGCAAUUUGAAGAUGAUAUUACGGAUGAGGCUGCCGAAAGUUUGGCCUUUGGUUUUGCCAAACUUGAGUCAUUGAGAAUUAGAACCAUUCACGAAAUAGAUUUUCCAAAAUUUAGUUGUUCCCUGGCGAAACAUCAAUCAUGUUUACGUCAUCUUCAUUUAGCCACCGUUCAUAUAACGGAUGCGACGGUUGAAAAAUUGGCGGAAAAUUGUAAUUACUUGGAAUCUAUCGAGAUUUAUAUGUGCUUUCAAUUGACGGAUUCCGCCAUAAAAGCGUUAGCGAUGCAUCGUAACACUCAUUUAAAACACCUCAUGAUAGCUUAUAAUGCUCGCAUAACGGAUGAAGGUAUGACACACAUCGCCAUUCAUUGUAUAAAUCUAAGAAAUUUCAUUGUCAUGUCAUGUACAAAGAUGACAAAUGUAGCUUUCAUGAAUAUUACGAGAGAAUGUAAAAGUUUGGUAGAAUUUACUGUUCGUAAUUACCCUCGGCAAACUUUGGCCUCCAUUGUGCAUACUUUGGCGACGCGUAAUAAAGGAACUUUGAGAGUAUUUAAAGCAUAUGAUACAGGAAUUAAAACCAUUGAAAAUACUUCAAAUCAUAAACUUAAUUCUGUUGCUUUAGAGAAAUUAGCCAUCAGAUGCCCUCAAAUUAAAUCUAUGGUACUUAAAUGUCGAAUGCAAGAAUCUAAUGGAAGCUCUCUUGUAAAAACGUUAAAGAAAUUUCAAAAUCUUGAAGAAUUAAUUAUUUGUCCACCAGUAAGAUUUAACAAAUCAAAUAUCAAACAAUUAGAAAAACAUAAAAGGUUAAAAGAUGUUACAAUAAUUAAUGGUCUCACAUCUGACGCCGAAUUAUUUCUUGAGGAAUGUAAAAAUGAAAGCAAAGGUGGAAUGUACAUAAAUGUAGUAAAUUGUUAA